AUGAUCGCAUAUUCUGCCAGUGAAACCUACCCUCAAGCCAGUAUCACACCUCCACCAGUCCCAUCACAUGCGCCUAUCCAAGCACUGCAAGAGUUGGGGCAGUUUUGUAUCCAAGGCGACAUUGAAAGUUUUACAAGGACUCUAAAUAGCAGCUCUAUUGCCAGUAUCUUACAUGAUAACAACAUAGUCGAUCUGUCAGGGGUUAUGACCCAAGCCAUCAAGCUGGGAAGAACCUGUUUUGUGAAAGAGUUGCUCCGCCAUGAAGUGCCUUUAUUUCCAAUAUAUAUCUCUGAGGCCAUUAACGCGAAAGAAAAUGCAAAAGAUAUUCUGGAAAGCCUUCUAGAAAAUGGGUGGGAUAUCAACCAGCCGAUGGGCGCAAUGCAUCCCCCGAUUCUUAGUGAUGCGUUAGACGAUCUUGAGAUGACGACCUGGCUUCUUGAUCACGGAGCCGAUCCUAACCGUCGAUGUAAUAUUGAUUUUACACCACUCUCCUACGCUAUUGAACAUGCCUCUUUGCCAAUCGUCAAUCUUCUGCUCAAUCGUGGGGGCGAUGUUACAAAAGGACAGGUUUUGCACCACGCAGUUGCUCGCGAGUCGGACGCAGUAGAGGUCCUGAAGCUUCUCAUUGCCCAGGGCGCUCCGAUUAACGGUAUCAUGUAUCGAGAUCACCAGCCUUCUUGGGACAUGUAUCUCUUUAUGGGAGAAACUCCUCUUCACAAGGCAGUGUUCCUUCGCAAAGUCGAUGUCAUUCACUAUCUUCUUGGGGAAGGAGCGGAACUUAAUGUCAAAGAUGUCAGGAACCGAACUGCUUUACAAUGCGCCGAUGAAGAUAUUCGGAGAGAGAUCACAAAAUGGUCACAAUACUAA